UCCGCAGAAGGCUGGGCGCCUGGAUGCGCCGGGGUGGCGGUGUGGGCUGCGAGGAGUCCCAGGGAAGCGGCCGCACGGAGGUAACUGAUGACCGGGCCGCAGAGCCCAAAGCCAAGGUCCCUGCCUGCGGCGGCCUGAGCCCAGCUCCGGAGGGGCGGCCUGCACCUCGCCUCCACAUGGGGAACCACUUGGCGCCCGCCGCCCCCUUCCUGCCGCACCUCCAGGCCCUGCACGUGGUGGUUGUCGGGUUGGACGCAGCCGGCAAGACCUCCCUCCUCUACCGCCUUAAGUUCCAGGAGUUUGUCCGGAGCGCACCCACCAAGGGCUUCAACACCGAGAAGAUCCGGGUGCCCCUGGGCGGCUCCCGCGGCAUCACUCUCCAGGUGUGGGACGUCGGGGGUCAGGAGAAGCUGCGGCCACUGUGGCGCUCCUACACCCGCUGCACCGACGGGCUAGUGUUCGUGGUGGAUUCCGCAGAGACCGAGCGGCUGGAGGAGGCCAGAAUGGAGCUGCAUCGCAUCAGCCGGGCCUCGGACAACCAGGGCGUGCCAGUGCUGGUGCUGGCCAACAAACAGGACCAGCCUGGUGCACUGAGCGCGGCUGAGGUGGAGAAGCGGCUGGCAGUGCGCGAGCUGGCAGCUGCCACCCUCACCCAUGUGCAGGGCUGCAGCGCUGUGGAUGGGCUGGGGUUGCAGCCGGGCCUGGAGCGCCUCUAUGAGCUGAUCCUCAGGAGGAAGAAAGCGCCCCGGGCCGGCAGGAAGCAACGGUGACCCCCUGCUCCCGCCCGCCAUGGGGGUCUGCACACUCCACAGCCAGCCCGGGCCUGUGCCAGGAGCACGGGCCCCAGUCCGGUGCUGCCUGGGGGACAGAUGGGACAAGGGGGUCUCCCACACCCUCCCUAUCAUAUCUGAGAAGCUGGGGCUGCCAGACAGGAGCCUGAAGUGUGGCCGCCACACUACCUCCACCUGGUUUCUCAUUCCUUCUCAAGCUCUGUCAUUGGUUGUGUGCUGGGCAUGGGAGUUGGAGGAGAAUGAACUAGGAGUGAGGAAGACCAGGCCCCCCAACUGGGGGUCUCCUCA